AUGGCGACCUCCCAGCCAGAGAUGCCCUCAACUGAGAUGCCGGCGGCGCCAUCGCAAACCGAGUCGAAUCCCUCCCCCGCGCCAGCCGAGCAGUCACCACCCGCGCCACAGUCCCAAGAAGCGACCAAGUCGAAAUCCAUCCACAGUCUAGUGAUCGAUACCGGCGCCCUCAUCAAGAACGAGCCGUCUGUCUCGACGCUUCUCGCGCAGGCUGAAGAGCUGUACACCACACCUGAAGUCCUCGCCGAGGUCCGCGACGAGGCGACCAGGAUACGGGUCCAGACGACCCUCGUGCCAUUUCUGAAGCUACGCAGUCCGCGCCCGGAGAGCAUCAAGUUCAUCAGUGGUUUUGCGCGGCGGACGGGCGACCUAGAGGUACUAAGUAGACAGGAUAUACAUCUCUUGGCGCUGACAUACGAACUGGAGCUGGAGAGAAAUCAUGGCGAUUGGCGGUUAAGGAAAGAGCCUGGUCAGCGAGGACUGAAUGGAAAACCACCAGCCAAGGAGGAAGUGCAGCCUACCGAAGAAAGUGAGCCUCAAAAUACCGUUGAGAAAGACGAGGUAGACCAGCCUCAACCGAAUGUUAUGGAGGAAGGAACGGACGUCGAGGCGGAGACCAAAGAGGAAGCGGUUGAGACUCAAUUGGAGAAUCUAAGUCUUGACAUGACUGCGAAUGAAGGAACAGGGGAGCAGCAAGCUCAAGAGGAAGAGACGAAUGCCUCUGAAGACGACGAUGAGGAUGGCUGGAUCACGCCAUCUAACCUGAAGAAACACCAAGCCAAGGACAAAGAAACGGCUGGCCACAACCAGCCCAUACAGAGAGUUCUCCAGGUCGCCAUAAUAACCUCGGAUUAUGCCAUGCAAAACGUUGCCCUAAGGAUUAACCUCAACCUGCUCGCUCCAUCCAACAUGUCUCGCAUCACAAUGCUCAAAUCAUGGGUUAUGAGAUGCCACGGAUGCUUCACAGUCACAAAGCAGAUGAACAAACAAUUCUGCCCGUCAUGUGGUCAGCCCACCUUGACAAGGACGAGCUGCUCCACGGACGCUGCCGGAAACUUUAAGCUUCACCUCAAGAAGAACUUCCAAUGGAACAAGCGAGGCAACGUCUACAGCAUACCGAAGCCCACACAUGGCACAGCAAACGGCAGGCUAGCAGCAGGCCAAGGAGGUGGCAAGAAUGGCUGGGGCCGGGAUCUGAUUCUGGCCGAGGACCAGAAGGAAUACGUGAAGAAGGUUGACCAAGACCGCAGGACGAGGUACCGCGACCUGAUGGACGAGGAUUACUUACCCAAUCUGCUCAGCGGUGAGAGAAGUGGUGGAAAUAACAGAAUCAAGGUUGGUGCCGGGAGAACUGUCAACUCGAAGAAGAGAAGGUAG